GAGAGACGGAAGCUUUCAUAGGGGUAGCAGUUGCAGCACGUCACCCGGUUAUUUGGAUUUUUGGAGAAACGUGAGCGCGAAGAUCGGACGCUCUUCCCGAUUUCCCUUCCACCCUUCACUCCACACUUCCAGACCAAACCAAACCAAACCAGACGAUUCCUCUCGAAGCGACGUCGUUCGUUCAUCCCAGUCUCAGGUGCAGUUUGUAAAUGGCUAAAGUUGGUAAGAUGCGGUGCAAGUCCCAAACUCGAGGUCACAGGGAAACCCCAUAUCUUUUAUCUUGUGCAAGAAAAAAUCCGAAAAGUAUUAAAGUAAAGAAAGGCUUUUCUAAAGCAUCAGAAAAGAAAGAUUGGAAAGAUGCAACCUGCUCAGUCUGUAUGGAGGUCCCCCACAAUGCUAUCCUUCUCCUUUGUUCAUCAUAUAACAAGGGUUGUCGUCCUUAUAUGUGUGCUACAAGCCAUCGCUAUUCGAACUGUUUUGAACAGUAUAAAAAGGCAUACACGAAAGCAACAUCUGUUCAAGAAACAGAUGAUCCAAAUUUUGAUUUAGGUGCAGGUGAUCCUAAUGACAAUACAAAAGUUCCUGAACUUCUUUGCCCCCUUUGUCGCCGGCAGGUGAAGGGAUGGACAGUGGUUGAAGCAGCCCGGAAGUCUAUGAAUGCCAAGAAAAGAAGCUGUAUGAAAGAUGAUUGCUCUUUUGUGGGGAACUACAAGGAGCUUAGGAAGCAUGUUAGGUCUAUGCAUCCAUUUUCACGACCACGAGAGGUGGAUCCUGUACGAGAAGAAAAAUGGAAGAGAUUUGAGGGUGAAAGAGAAAGGAGUGAUGUGAUCAGUACAAUUUUAUCUUCAACACCUGGUGCUAUGGUACUGGGGGAUUAUGUGCUUGAGCCAAAUGACCAUGCUUUUUACAGUGAUGAGUAUGAUUCUGAUUCUGAUGAGGAAUAUUUGGAGGAUGAUUUUUUCUCCAUGAGGACCAUUGGUUUGGGGAGUACUAGCCGCUUUUUGUCAAAUAUUAGGUAUAACCAGAUUCAGGGUCAUGCUGCUGAUUCUUUUGAUGUUGAUCAUUUUGGUUUGCGGAGUGUUGCAUCUACAGGUUCUGCUGCUGCCUCUGGACGUGGAAUCCACAGGCUGCUGUUUGAAAGGUCUCGAAGAAGACGGAGGCAUAGGAUACCAGGCAGGUAAAUUCAGAGAUGUCGAGAAAGAGCUGCUCUUCUGCAAUAGUACACCAAUGGCCUUGUCAUGGCUUGUUUAGUUGCUGUGCAAGCACAUUUUUUAUAAUUUAAUUGGCAGAGUAUAGCAGUUGACCUACUUUCUAGCAAUGUACCAUCUCAAGACUUUUCAUUUCAUGGUUUUAGUUUUUCAAAUAGACUGUACAAAAGGCAAAUUUAGAAUGCUCAUUGCCUCUGGUUUCUAGGUUUAGGAGAUUCAGGUCAUUAUGAUUGUUAAAUCCUAUAAGUUGGACUGGUUGUCAUUUGGUCAUGCAAGGCGGUGAAUUGAACAGGUAAUCCGCGAGAGGUGUCCCAAAUAAUUUUGUUUUGAACUGAUGCUUUAUUCUUCCUGUGAUGAUUUGUUAUUGUACAGUUUGAAUUAUUGUAUAAUAAUUCAUCUUUGAUAGUGUUCGGAA